CAAACAAAAGUGGCAAGCAGGAAGCAGGGGAAUAACCUUGGGAGAAGAAACGCGGUGGACUGUUUCAGUCUGGGACCAGAUCACAGCAUUUGUCAGACAGAUUAUAAUUAAGCAGUAGUGUUUGAACUCAUGAGUAAAGCAGCUUUUUUUUUUUUUUGGAGCUACUAAGCCGUCUUGUCGGAGACAUUUUUACGCAUUGUGACUGAGGACACACCGGCUCAGGUGUAUUGGUGGUACAAUUAAGAUCCCAGUGUUUGGAGUUCCAGUAUUCAUUGAUUAAUCUGAUUUAUUGUGUCAGAGCACAAAGCCUUGUCUGCUUCAUCUAGAGCGCCCGCCCAUUGGGCUUUCUGCGGAGCGAUAGUGGGAGAUUGAUUAUAGUCUCCGGGAUUUGCCGUGGAGAAAGCCAGAGCCUGCUUGGACUGCGAUUUGCUCUCCCAUCAGCGAAGGGGAGGAAAAUUAUAGCAACGACUUAUUUCAGCCUGACUCCACACGGACAGCACUCUCUGAUCCCUCCUGUGCGCAUUUAAGCCUCCUGUCUGUAAUCAGGUUUUUUUUGUGUGUCUCCAAAUACGCGCAAGACAGUCACGCCGGACUUUUGUCUUUUACCGAGGAAGCUGCGAGUGUGAAUCGCCUCCGCAGUCUCAGAUGCGUAGUAAACGGAGAGUGGGUUGGGUCGCCUAGGCGCCUGGCAUACGCACACGUCGUCAGCGAUAAAAGCGAGAUAGGUGAGGGGGGGAAAGAGACACCCCGAGGCUUUUCAUUGCAAUCAGGAGGACACCGGAGAGGUGAGUCGGACACUGGCAAACCGCCGGACUCGCACCGGCUUGUGGAUUUGACUCUCAAGACAAAUCCCGGCCGCUUUUGUCGCUCGGGGAUCCGCAGAUCCUCUCCCUGAUUCAGGACCAGCGGUUAACCACACUGUCAAACCCGACCAGACAUCCCCUCCUCAUCUGAAGGGAAUAUUACAAGUGGAUCUGCGGGGCAACACACAAUGGCAACCGGUGCGCUCCUUCUUGCCUGUGCGCUGCUUGCUGGUGUUGCCGUGGCUCAGAGAGUGGUAACAGUGCAAAGUGGACCGCUGGUACGGACUGAGGGCUCACAUGUGACCAUCUUGUGCAACGUGACGGGCUAUAAAGAGGGGGUGGAACAGGACUUUGAGUGGUCCAUGUACCUGCCAUCAGCACCGGACAGGGAGAUCCGCAUCGUGAGCACAGCUCAGCCAAACUAUGCCUACGCGGUUUAUGCCCAGAGGGUCAACAGUAAAGAGAUCUACGUGGAGAGGCUGAGUGGCGACUCGGCUGUGCUUCACAUCACCAAAGUGCAGGCCAAGGACCAGGGUCUGUUUGAGUGUUACACACCCAACACAGACGGGCAUUACCUGGGAUCCUACAGCGCACGCACCAACCUUACUGUCAUUGCUGACUCGUUGACGGUGACGGCUCCAGCCCAGACUCUCUCCAAGGUGGAAGGCGACACACUACAACUCACCUGUGAAGUGUCUCGGACCACACAGCAGCACACUCACUUAUCCGUGGGUUGGUACCUGCGGUCCCCAGAGGAUGCAGCCGCAGCACCUCAGGAGCUGGUCACCUUGUCAAGGGACUUUGUUCUGCGCUCCGGGGGACCGUACCGGCAGAGGAUGGGGGCAGGAGACCUCAGGCUGGAUAAAACCAGCGCUACAGCCUACAGGCUGACCAUUCACAAGCUGCAGCCAGUGGACCAAGGCCUGCUUUACUGCCAGGCUGCUGAGUGGAUUCAGGACACAGACGGCAGCUGGUUUGCCAUGACCCGCAAGCAGAGUGACAAGACUCAGCUCCGCAUUCAGCCCACUGAUCGGGACUUCAGCAUCCAGGUGAGCACGGAGCGACGGUCCUUCACGGCCGGUGAGCCGCUGGAGCUUCGCUGCACCAUUGAGGCCCAGAACGUCCCAGAGCGCUUCUUCUCGGUGUCGUGGGUCUUCAGCAGCUCACCGGUGGCCGUGGUGGGCCCCAGUGCCGUGCCUGUCCUGGGCCCCGAUUAUGUUGCCCGAGAGGCGGCUGGCCACAUGACGGUGCGUAAAGAGAGCGCCAACGUGCACUUGCUCAAGCUGCAGCACCUACGCCCCGAAGAUGCUGGGAAAUACAUCUGCCGCGUGACAGAGCGAGAGAAGACGCCCACGGGAGACUUUAUCGAUCGCAGCAAGAGGUCCCGCAAUGUCCAGAUCACAGUCCAGCCGCUCAAGAGCAACAUCACAGUGUCAUUGUCCAGCAACUCUUCGGAGGUCCUAGAGGGUGAUGUGAUCCAGCUGACCUGCUCAGUCCACUCCACUACAGGUCCCCUGUCUGUUGUCUGGCAGUGGACAGACAAGCAGGCGACUGGACCGGCGCAGGAGGUGGCCUCCGUGGAUCGCGACGGCACCGUGUGGCACAGCCCCUCCUACAGAGAGCGCUCCAGUUAUGGGGAGAUUCGUGUGGAGAAAGUCCGUGCCGACGCAUUCUCUCUGUCCCUGUAUAAUGCCUUACCUGAGGACGAGGGUCAGUACCGCUGCACGGCCACUGAGUGGCUUCAAAGUGGUACUGAGCCGGAGCUUACCUGGGAGAAGAUAGGAGAGAGGGCAGCAACCAAGACCGUCACUGUGAAGACUGUUGAAUCCUCCUUCAUGGUGUCUGCUUCGUCACGGACGCCAUCCGUUACAUUCGGCGACUCCUUUGACCUCCUGUGCCUGGUGAAGCCUCGUCACAACCCUCGUGUCCCCACCUCCGUCACCUGGCGCUUCAUGCCAGCUGGCACAGAAGCUGGCGACGAGGAUCAGGGAGAGUUCAAAGACCUUGUGACUUUCACCCGCGAGGGCACGCUGCAGUGGGGGGAGCAGCUGCUUGGGCUGGGCACCCGCACCACAGUGGACCGCUCUCACUCCAACACCAACUUCCGGUUGUCGGUGACCCGCGCAGGGCGUCGCGAGGCGGGCAAGUACCAGUGCACCGCCGUGCUGUGGAGGAGGAACUACGACAACAGCUGGAGCAGAGUGGCCAACCGCACUUCCAACCUGCUCGGCAUCAGUGUCCUACAGCCAGAGAGCAAGCUGCGAGUGCAAAAGACCAACCAGUCUCAGGUGUACCUGGAGGACAGUCGCGUCAGGAUCAAUUGCUCCAUCAGCUCCCAGACCAGCCAGGACUCCCAGCACGCUGUGCUGUGGUAUGUUAGGCGCGCGUCCGGGUCAGAAGCUGAUGAGCUCCUGCUGAGAAUCGAACGCACGGGGGCCUUUGAAUAUGGUGCCUACGCAGACGAGGAGAGAUUGCGACGCCGAGUGCAAGCUGAGAGGCUGUCACCCCGUCUCUACGUGCUGACGCUGAACAGGGCAGAGAACAGCGAUUCUGGGACGUACUACUGCCUGGUGGAAGAGUGGCUGAGUGACCCAGAUGGAGCCUGGUAUCGCCUCUCCCGGGAGUCAUCGGGGUUCACGCAGGUUCUGGUCAGACAGCCAGAGGUUCGACUGCAGGUGGAGGAAUCAGAGUCAAACAUGACAGUGGAAGAGUCCGCCUCUAUCCGACUGGGCUGUAGCAUUCCCUCCCAGUCGUCCCGAGACUCCCGCUUCUCCGUGUCCUGGUAUGUGGAGCGCUCCGACGAUGAAGACGACGAGGAACAGGUGGGCGAGGAGGAGAGAGAGUGCGUGUUCUCCAUCGGCCACGAUGCCGUUUUUGGAAACGGAAACUGCAGCCCCAGAGAAGAGCCGGGGCCUAAUUCCCGCCUGCAGUUUGAGAGGAUGACCUCUGACCAGUACAGCCUGACCAUACAAGGAGCACGGCCAUCAGACGCCGGCCGAUACUACUGCCAUGUGGAGGAGUGGCUGCUCAACCCCCGCAAUGCGUGGUACCGCCUGGCCACCAACAACUCUGGGUUCACAAUUGUCAAUGUAAUGCAGCAAGUGUCCACCCUCCAGUCCGUGGUGUGCUCCAACGACUCCCUCUUCUACUUCGUCUUCUUUUACCCCUUCCCCAUCUUCGGCAUCCUCCUCAUCGCUGUGCUGCUGGUGCGCUACAAGAGCCGCAACAACAGCAAGAGCCAAGAAGGCAAAAACGGCGCUCCCCUCCUGUGGAUUAAAGAACCACACCUCAGUUACUCUCCCACCUGUCUGGACCCGCCUGCGCUCAGCCUACACCCCGGCUCUGUCGACUAAGCGAGGGUGCUCCCCCCUCCUGACUCACGCGCAUCGCGAAUCCAGCCAACACAAUGCCAGGGAGCAGAUCUGGACUCCACCUUCAGACCUUACUGUCGUUCACUGCUGUGUUGAGUUAGUCAAUCAGUUGAUCAGUUUAAAAACCCCUACCCUGGUGGCUGCCUGUUUUAUGUUAACAACUGUAUGUAUGUAUGUAUGUAUGUGUGCGAGCGUGUGUGUGUGCGUGCGUGUGGGGACUAGUAUGGGUGUGCCAUGUCAGCAUGGUCAAUUGUGCAAGUGCGAAUUGAAGGACAAGAGAGUAUCACAAGCCUCUCUCGUUUUUUUUGUUUUCUGUGAAACUCAUAGCUGCAUUUUGAUUUUUAUUACUCUGAAUAUCUGUCUAUUUUUCAAAAAAAAAGGAAAAAAAAAAACUGCGCACAUGAGAUCAUCGGCCAAUCCGGGAAGAACAUUUAAGAGAAGGAACUCUAUAACCGACUCCGGCACUCAGUGGAUGCCAAAAAAGUCUCCGCACUGAUCCAAGAGCAGCCACAGCCUGGCCCACUAUGUUGGUUGCCAUAGUGAUUCUCUGCGCCCACUGACUCCGUAGCUGAUGACUUGGUUGCCAGCCUGCAUAGAGACAAAGGCAAGGACACACAAGUCUGUGUCCUAAGUGAGGAUGUGUGUAUGUGUGUUGGCCCACCUGCCUCCACAAUGAAUUUGCCUUGGCAGACAGAAACAGGUCCUCAUGCACCACUUAAACACUGCCAGACACUCUGGCCUUAGCGAGAGACUGCUCCGCUCUUUUCCUCUAUCCUCCGAAAAAGAGACGGGGAGAAGGAGACGGAGGAACGUCGGAGAUGAUGGGGAGUAAAUGAACAGCGCUCUCCUGCUGAGGAUAUACGUACUCUCACAUAAAGAAUUUUUUUUUUCAGUGCCAAGACCUCCUUAUUUCCACGCUGCUCUCCGCAGCUGAUGUUUGAAGUUUUAAAGAGAGUCGCGAAGCUGAUUGGUUUUUGAAGCAGAUUGUAAAUAUGUCUGCUUACCUCCUGCUGUGGGUUUAUGGGCCUUGAGGGCAAAAGGGCAAUUUUUACACUCGUGUUAAAUCAGUUGAAUUGUCCUGUUUAAAUUACACAGUGGGGGUUAUUGACUGAAAUUAAAAUCUUGCACAUUUCUUUAUGUUGCCCAGUAUGACCACUCCGUCCAGUCUUUAAAAGAUAUCAGCUCAAAAGAGGCAGAUGAGAAUAAAAAAAAAAAGACUUUUGAUUUGCUAAGAGCCACACUGAAGAUUACUAAUGUGUAGAUGUGUAGUAAAACACUUCAAAUGUUCUCUGCACAUUAUAAGAAAACAAAAUGACGAGCGGGGACAAAUGUUUGACUUUUGUGUUUAUUUUAAAGAUUUUUCUAUUUAUUGUUUUUUUACUACUUUGCAUAGCUUUGUAAGAUUUUUUUUUCUUUUUGCUUUGAAAUUCUCUAAGAACUGUGCUGCUUGUGUUGCCAGGCAACUGCACCAAGCAGAUUAUGUCAAUAGCCUGUGUGUUGGCAAUGUGGUAGAUGUAGAAAUGCUAGAUUUGUCCUGCGCAUUGCAGUCUGUAGCAUUUCAUACCAGAUUGUCAAGUUUGGUCAGUGUCAAAACACUGUAUAUCUAUACCUAUAAUGAAAAUUAUUGUGGCUUCUACAUGUACAAUAGUCAGAACCGACAAGUCACAAAAACGAAUUCACUUAAUGCUUUUUGCUUGAGUCGCGUUUAUUUAGUGAAAAUGUGAUGUAACACCUAGGUAGGAUGUUUGAUCAAAGACAGCUGAAACCGAACUGUUAAGACGUCUUUUAAUCACGGAUUCUAGCUGAAAGGCGUCAUCCUCGGCUCCCCUGACGCAAGGCAGAAGGGUUGAGAAUCUGUGUCACCUUCCCUGGAAUGCAACAGCCAGGAGAGGUGUGAAAUCCUCUACCCCGACCUGGGCCUAACCCUUUCACUGCCAGACCGGACAUGAGAACUCUUGAAAAACUUGACAUUGUUGUCUCAAUCGUGUCAACAUGUAUAUUGCAUGACAAUACUGCGGGAGGAAUUUUGAUGUUUUGUAAACUUUGAACUCUUUGAGCAUUGUGUUUGUGUGACAGAGCAGUGCCCCUUCCCCCUCCUCCUACCGACGUCCUGAGCCAAGAGUCAACACAAAGCCCAGUCCCUUGUCAUCUACGAUAUUUGACUGCCAAUUCCAGAUGCCCUUUGAAACCUGUGAAGUAAUCUAUUUCAAGAAUGGGUGUUGUGGAGAUUGUGUUUGAUAUUAUAGCUCAUAUUUGUCUUUUUAAUGCUUUGCUUUUAUGCAGCACUUCAUUAAACAGAUUUAUGUCCAAAAGAAACAGUACUUACAGUAGCUGAUACUGACACAAGUCACGAGGUCUGAUAUUUCAACUUCCUUCACUGUUUUUCAAGGUUACCAGUCCAUUUUAAGUAGGCCACCCUAUUCCAUGUGGAACAGGGCUGGUGCUGUAAAGUCAGGGGAGUUGGAAGGAGCUAGAUGUGAUGCACAUGCAGCAAAGUCCGCUACAACUAGAUUAAUCAGCGUCUUCAAAGAAAAGGUCCAUUGAUUAGCUGCCAGUCUAUUCCUUAUUCAGCAUGUGUUUACAGGUUUUUUCAAGGGGAACAAGGUGCCGGACAAAAGCAGCACACAAUGGAAAAAGACAAGUAGUACACACACUUGAUAUUGUAACCUUCCAAAUAGUUCAUGAGCUGAACUGGGUGUCUGUGCUUGAUAAUUUGAAGGUAUCUACUGAAAUGAACCAAUAUCAAGUUGUACUGAAACUUAUCCAAUCAAAUGAGAACUGCAUUCAAUUCUUUUUUGUACCCAGAUCUAGAAAAAACGUUCUUCGAUUUAAUACGACAUGUGAUCGGCCCACUGCUGCAGCUAAAACCCCUUCUCCACCAACAUGGAACAGGUUGUGUUCCAGUACCCACACCUGAUUUUGAGCCGUUCGGAGCAUUUUGACCAAAAAUUAAUUGGUUCAGAACUUGAAGAGUUGGAUCCCAGUUGAAACCAAAAUAAGAAGGUUUUCCUUGAUCUGAGGUGCUAACCAUGAUGACAUCAGUGUCAUAUUCUAUAGAUUGGGAAGAGAGGAUGGAGAAGGCAACAGUAGAGACAUUAAGUAAGAAAUCAUCAGAAUAAAAAAGAGUGCAGCGGUCUUAUUAAUAGCUGGUCCCUGCCUGUUUUUUGGAUAAAAACAAAUAUUUGUAAUAGCUCGCUGGUUGACAGAUGGCAGGUGCGAUCUGCCAUCUUGCUACUACUGUUAACUUCCCUUGUACAUUGUGUGACACCCUCUGUUGAUGACGCAUUCUUGAUUACAGUAGUUCUAUUUAAAACCGGUGGAAACGUGAGCUGGCUCACUAGGUAGCUCCAAGCUUUCAAGAAGCAGAGUUAACUUGGUGGAAAAGGGGAUCUGUGGUGCCACCUAAACUUUAGGCUCGUUCAAGAUGAACUGCGCCUCGCCUGAAAAGUAGACGAGAGCAGGCGGCUGCAGCGGGGGCCGGUGACAAAAAGCUGCGGUGAAGUCGGACAGUUUCCCGACAGUUUCCAGCAGCCUUCAGUCCGUGCAGGAAGUCACAGACACACUCACAUCCUGUCUGGAAUGAUGUCAAUUCAUUAAAAAAAGUGAUCAAACCCAUAUAUCAGUUUGUUUUCAGUCUCCAGUUGUUUUAAUUAUGAUAGAUUAAUUUAUUAAAAUAAAGCUUCAAAUUAGACAAAUACAAUCUUAAUCUCUAACAAAAAUGAAUAGUUUAUCUAAAACGUCAUAUUGUUGAGUCAACAUCUAAACCAAUCAGCUGUUAGAUCAGGUGAGAGCCAGGCGGUGCAGUCGGUGGAGAGCAACUGCAGCGCCUGGCUCUAAAAACUGCGGCCGCCUUGCUCUCGCGGUUUUAUCGCCGUCCACUUUUGUAAUACGUCAGAGCAAGUCGGGAUGAAGUCGGGCACAAAACUAACUAGCAUGCAUUGUGCGCCGAUCGCCGAGCCUAUUCCAAAGCAGUGGUUCCCAACUGGUGGGUCGUGGUCCAAAAGUUUGUCGUGGGUCCAUUGUGAAUGGACUGCAAGUGACUCGUGAAUGUGUCAAGAUUCUUAAACAACACAAGAAGUAGUACAGUGAAUUUCCAGCAUACAGUUUUUAUUUCAAAGUGCCCUUUCCUGUUGUAGAGUGAGUGACUAACGGACAGCUACAGAGUACAGGACACUAGCUCGACAGCAUGGCCAAACUCAAGUAUGACACUGAAUAUAUUAAACUGUGUGGACCUUGAAUUAAUGACUAAGGAGAAAUCUGGACCCUGUGGCUGGACCAGAUCGGAACCACUAUUCCAAAGUAUGGCUAUACUACACACCCGUGGUGUUUGGUAGUGUUUUACGCAACUGAAUGCUUCCAUUCACAUGACUGCUAUGAAAUGAAGUACUUAAUUGGUAUCUCUGCCACGUUAAAGGUACUGGUAUUGUCAUUUUUCAACAAUACCCAUCCUAUUAAUGAGGCAACAUUUCAACCAUCAAAGUCUUUGUCAGGCAAACAUCCAGAGAAAAACAGAAAAUGACAUCUCCAACUACUGUUACAAGAGCACAUGAUACAUAUAAGGAAUAUUAUCCACUAUAUGCAUAAACUCAAGUGGCAACUACACUAAGGCUUGCUAAUAGCAUAUGCAGGGUAUAAAUACAUAGCAACUGUAUAAAUACAUUUUUUUUACACAUGUACAAUAACAGACAUAUGUACAAUACUGUGAUUGUGCAUGAGGAAAAUGAGUUUGUGACAAUAUUUUGAUCUCAUUGGAGCUGUCGUUUCCUUUGUAUAUAUCACCUGUUUUUCUUACACAUGGGUGUUUGCUUAACAAAGACCUCGGUGGUCGAAAUGUUGCCUCAUUGAAUCGCAAUUUUCAGUGUGUGGACUACCUCUCUUUUUCCAUUAUAAACACUCUUUCGCCUCCUGUUGCUUUUUGAUGUGAUGCCAGUGCAAGUCAACGUAUAAAUGUAUACUGUAUAUCAAAACUGCAGGAAAGCCAUUCUGUGCUUUUCCUGGCCCCAGCAUCACCAGAAAUAAUUGAUGGAGCUGUUGGAAAGCUCUUGUGUGAUUUGACAGUAAUGGCUGCAUAUGCUAUUGACUUGCAUUUGCAUUGGCAGUAAAUUCUAAUAGGAAGAUGAUUUCAGUUUUUCAUAAGCAAAGGAAAAAAAAGGAAAAAAAAAACUGCAGGAGAGUGUUUGUUGGCUGAAUGAUUGCCUUUUUAUAAAUCUUGAACAUUCCCAGAGAUGCAAGUUGUAUAAAUGGUGCCACUGAACAGCUGCUUCAGCUUCAGUGUUCAAAUCACAUAAUCCCACACUAAAUUCAUGCAAAAUUCAUUUCAUCUUUCUAGACUUGAGUCAGGAGGUGCAGGUUGCGUGUGGUGUGUGAUGUCACAGCGCCGCCGCCAUGACUGGGGGUGUACAGUCAAACUCUGAAUGGUGUUUUUCUUUCCUUUUCUACUAAUAAUAUUAAUACCAUCCCUAGCUGCCUCCCAAGAUUCCUCCGAACGUUCUGACAGUGUUGUAGCUGCGUUUCGAGGGCUGCAUGUAUUGGCUGUGUGCUGGCUCCAGAUUUAGGUGUAAAAUAGUUUGUGGUGAUGUUUUCAGUUCAGCCAGUGAUGCUUUAUUUUCAGUGAUGUAUUUUUAUAUGACCAUGGUUUGUUUAUUUUUCCAUUUGUUAUAAAUAGUUGCCAUCGUGACCAUGAAAAAGGCACUUUGCUAUUGUCAGUUUAUUGCAAUAAAAUACAUUCAGUG